GACGUGUAACUCCCUCGAGUAUCGCGUAGUUAGGUGACUAUAAUAUAAAACACGUCAGUUAUUGCUACGCCCUUUGCAACAUAUGUUUUCAUCACACAACCAUUGUUUGAGUAGUCAGCGCUGCCUGUCUUUGUGACUAGUAUUGCGGGGUUAACCUACCGGUGUCGUCAGACAAGAGGGGAGGGACUAUGGUGUUGCAAUCAUGGCCAGUUCAACAUCAUCAACUUGAAACUACUGUAACAGAGGGGGUGUUGGGUAUUUGAAGCCUCUACUUUACAUCAGACUCGGUGCAGUUAGACGGGCAGGUGAAGGGAGCACGUCUGAUCUGAUAUCCUCGUCGAAUUGCUCCUCGUUUAAUGCCUGUUUAGCUAGCUAUUUUAGAUCAGAGUGGUGUAAAUAUCUUAGACCAUCUUUACAGUAGCUAUUUGGAGCUCUGCUACAGCUACUACGGACAAAGCUGACUUCACGGUUGCCAGUUAGCUUCCAAUGUGCAACUAUAUCUGUUAACUAGGUAGGCUGGUAAAGCUAGCUAGGUAGCUAACGUUUUUUCUAACGUUAGCUGUUUGAACCAAAGUUUUUAUUUCAAACUUGGCAACAAAACAGAAGUGGAAUACCACACUUUCUUCUUGAAGCGAAAUACACAAAACAAGAAGCUAAAGUCAAGGAAUACCGAAAAGUGAGCUAUUUGCCAAUUCAGCGGGAAUACCGAACAAAGACGUCCCACGGAACAAAAACGAGAAUACCGGUGGCUAGCUAACUGACUGAAGCUAACUGUCUGCUGCCUGGGUGCAUGUCAAAGUGGACUGGUCAGCUGCUUCUUGCAUUUGACAAGAGAACUAACAUUGUCAAAGAAAUCAUUGAAUGAGCUCGAUUUUUGAAUUAUGGAUCAAUGAGUGAUACGUUACAUGCUUGCUGUCGCGGAGCGCUCGGUGACCAUUUAACCCGUUAGCGAACGGACCGUAUUUUUGUUCUCGUUGAGGCGAAAAGGAAUCCUAGCAAAUUGUGGUCGGAUCUAUCGUUAGCGUGCGAGUUAUCCUACUUAACGUUAGUGUUGCAGUCGUUAUUUUCCCACAUUAUUUAUCACCAUUACUCCCGAGUCCUCUCUUUUGAUUAACGUCUAUUUUUACAACGGAGAAGGAUGUGUUUCUACAACUGAUCGUUUUGGUUGAGACUGGAAUUGCCCCUGUUAGCCAGCAAGCUAACAUUAGCAACCAUUGUUCUGCUUUGCUGAAGAGUGGGUCCCUUUGUCUUCCACAAACGAGAUGAGCGUGAACCUGCAAACUGCCCCUCGCACGCUGCCCCUGCGACUGAAGCGCCUGGAAUUCGAGGACCCGCUCGAUACGGACACGCUGAAAUGCAAGCGACCGCGGCUCAGUCUGCCCCCCUCCCCGGGCCUGGCGCCAUGUCUCCGCCCACUGACCCAGAGCCCGAGCCCCGGAAGCGCGGAGCAGCACUGCGUAUCCCGCAUUGGACCGUACAUCCUCCUGGAGGCCACUGAGGGAACCCAGACGUACAGGGCUGUCCACAGCGUCACAGAGGCGGAGUUCUCCUGCAAGGUGUUUUCGGCGAAGAGGUACCAGGAGCUGAUGGGCCCUUACGCCCGCCUGCCGCCGCACGAGAACAUCAGCCGCGUGGCGGAGGUGGUGACGGGCGAGCGCAGCGUGUACGCCUUCUUCCCGCGCAGCCACGGCGACAUGCACUCGUACGUGCGCGGCUGCAAGCGGCUGCAGGAGGAGGAGGCCGCGCGGCUCUUCGGCCAGAUGGCGUCCGCCGUGGCGCACUGCCACGAGCACGGCGUCGUCCUGCGCGACCUCAAGCUGCGCAAGUUCGUCUUCACCGACCGCCAGAGGACGAAGCUGGUACUGCAGAACCUUGAGGACUCCUGCCUCCUGAAGGGGGAAGACGACUCCCUGUCUGACAAACAUGGAUGCCCGGCCUACGUGGGCCCAGAGAUCCUCAACUCCCGGCACUCGUACUCAGGGAAGGCGGCGGACGUGUGGAGCCUGGGCGUGGUCCUGUACACCAUGCUGGUGGGCCGGUACCCCUUCCAGGACGUCGAACCCGCCGCCCUCUUCAGCAAGAUCCGCCGGGGGGUGUUCACCGUCCCAGAAUCCCUUUCGCCGCGGGCCAAGUGCCUGGUGCGCUGCCUUCUGCGGAAGGCCCCCGCGGAAAGACUGGAGGCCGGGGAGGUCCUGCUGCACCCCUGGUUCGCCUGCCCCGUCCCCCCUUCCCCCGGCAACCACUUCAGCCCCAGGAACCACUCCGACCAGGUGGUGCCGGACUUCGGGAAGGGCGAAGAGGGGGAAUAUUUAUAGGCGGGGAGGAAAAGAGAACCCUCAGGACUUUGCUCCCAUCUCCCCUUGCGCAUCUCCCGUGUGUGGUGGGGCGUUUGAGGCGGUGUGCUUCAUGACACUGAAUCUUCAGGGACGGAGAGAGGAGAAAAUGAAAGGCGUCUGGACUGGAGUCGGUCUUGAGCGGUUCUUCUGCGAGAUGGAGUCGCGGGAGCGCAGGUGAAUGGCAAAACUUCACGAGCGCGUAGCUGGCCGCCGUUGAGCCGCGCCCGUUUCGCCCCGACCGCAGCCAGAUAUGACCGUUAUUUUCACCGCUUUUCCAAUGAAAAGGAUCUUAAGGAAGACGCGGACGACCGAUUGGCGACGAGGUCCAGAUGAAAGGAGACGGCGGGAAACGAAAAACGACCUUCGCGCCAAACGAUGGGCCCUCACGCCAUCUUCGUCCUGUGCCCUUUCUGUCGAGCAGUAUUCUCCCUUUGCAAAAAAUAACAUUAAUAAAAAGCUACAAAGAGACCAGUGUACAUGAGGGGAGGGUGAAGUGUGAUUGGGAAGAGGUUUAAAAACAGGCGUCAGGAUACCUCUUGACUUGAUUUAAUCCUGGAAUACUUGAUGCACAACAGUUUGUGCCUUUCUUUUGUACUGUCGUUUACAUCGUUUGCUGUGUAAACCUGGAUCCUGCCAUUCAAAGUGCCUUUACCCCCCCACCCCACUGGGAAAAUUUCUCAGUGAUCGUUCACUUCUCCUCAAGGAAAUUGGAACCAAAUAAAACGAGUGCUUUACCAAAGAGAGUGUGUAGCUUCCCUCAGUCUUCACUCUGUGUAUGGAUCCAGGUUAACCUAACUGAAUUUUCUGUUUGUCAUAAAAGUUAAAAAGGAGAGGCUUUUUUCUUUUUUUUUUCUUAACAUUGAAAGGAACUAUAAAUCUCAGACACAGGGCCUAGCUCUGGGUUUUUAUGAAGAACUUGUGAUGUGUCAUUGUACGCAUGUUGUCAUAGGUCCUAAAAAAGUUGCGCAAUGACGACAGACAACUUCUGCUUGACUUGCUUUCUGUCUGUAUGUAUGAUUAUGUACAGUGGGGGCAGGUUUGAACCAGAAGGAGACUAGAGAUUUACCGGCUCCCCCUGUCCUGUCUACAGGCAAAGAGGUAUUACGGUCUUGGACCUGAAGAAGCAGAACGAGGCAUUAAAAGUCAGGAGUGCAACCUGAGCACUUAGGAUGGCCCUAAGUCUAGGUUCUUUCUCUGAAAAAAAAAAAAAAAAAAAACUUUUGUGAAUUUUGUAAAUAGGUUUUUUAGACAGAGAAAAAUGCACACUACAGUUUCUUUGUUUGAGGGAGGGCGGGUGUUCUUUGUUUUGAAAUAAAUGUAUUUUUGUUGUUGUUGCCAAUAAUAAAAGCUGAAAAACAAA